AUGCCGCCCUCAGACUCAAAAACUAAGAUCCGCCCACAGCAGUCCUGUCUGAAGUGUCGUGAGCGCAAAGUUAAGUGCGAUCGCUCAGUACCAUGCCACGCGUGUAUCAUCCGCGGGCUCGAAGCUGAAUGCACAUACCUAUCGACGGCGGAGGACCGCGCGCACAUUAGCCAGGCGGAGAUGAUCGAGCGCCUGCGUCGCGAGGUCGCGCAGCUGCGCGGCCAAUUGGGUCAGGGUUCACAGCCGGGUCUGCCCAGGCCAAGCUAUGCGCGCAAAUAUACAGGGCACAGUUCUAGUCCCUCCAGUAAUGACCCGACAGCCGGGGCCGGAGCUGGGCAUUCGGGUGCGAGUGCCUCGGGUGGUGGGUCGGCGGAUGGGGGGAGCUGGCCUGGGAGCUCGCCGUCGUCGACGACGACCACGACGAAUUCGGGGGCGGUUAUGAGUCCUGGUAGUACAGGUAGUGAGAAUGGGGCGCAGAUGCAAACUUCGUCGUAUCCGGUGCAGGGCCAGUUCGCGCAAAGCGUGGAGAUGGAUGUUGCGCCUGUCGGUAAGACUGGGUUAGGGGGUUAUACGUUAGACGAUGCAACGAUACCGCAGUACCAUGCAGGGAGCAUGGCCUUUGCGCCGGGCGAAAUCCCGGGGUCGAUCUCGAUGCACGGCCUCCCGCAGUCAAUGCCUCUAGAUGGUGUUGGUAUACACCCAACAAUGCACAUGUACGGCGGUGAUAGCCCUGGCAACGCGAUCGAGGACGGCAACCAUAUAAACCCACAUGUCGCGGGCUAUGAUAAUUACGCAAAUCACUACAAGGAAUACGGCACGAACGAGGAUCAACAAUUUCAUGCAUAUCAGCAGCAAUGGAGGCACGAUGCAGGACACCAGUAUCCACCGACGCAUGCAUACCCCGAUUCUUUACAUUAUUCAUCAUCUCUCGGCGCUUUUUCCAAUGAUCCCAGUGCGCAUCUUCCGUUAUCGCACUCUGUUCCUCAAAAUGCUCCGACACAUAUGCCUAGGGACGAAUCAUUCAGAGCGAGUCCGUUUGAGGCUAUCCCGAACUCCUGGAAGGGCGAGGGGAAACAGGAGCUUUUGGAGACACUUUUGAGGACGAUCGGUAGCUGUGACGAGGAGCGCGUGGAUCAAGUUGUGCAAGUCGUUCGAUCCAGUGCGACACCUGAGGACGCCGUCUCGGGGAUUUGUCGGGUUUUGGGGAUCGGUACGCGAUGA